CCGCAAUCGACUUCGGGAAAGAUAUCAUGCAAGAAAUUAACAAUAUGGAUGAAAAUAGUCUGCCAACCCCUUUCUACAGUGGCCCAGAUACAGGGCAGUUGGAUGUAUUGACCGUUGCCAAUGCGCCUCCUUGUGAUCCACCGCAAAGUCCUUCGCUCCUCUCCAAUACCUUGAUUGAUGGCGGAUCUCUUGAGUCGUUGCUGGCGGGUCCUCGAGCUUCAACAAGCAGAAGUGAAGAUAAUUUUCGGCAGCUGUUAGAUUUAAAUUCGCACAUACACCAACUAGUGAACUCGCUUAAGUUACGCUCCUGGGGUGGUCGUGUCAACUCUUGGGGGUCCCAACUUGUAUUACCUAACCAAGAAUCUCUAACCGCAUGCUAUCCUGUCCAGGGUAUUGUGAGGUACUCACAGAUAUUUUUGGACAUCCUUAGGGAAACCGGGCUCUGGUCCCAUUAUAUAUCCCCAUGUCUAGGGUGGAGUCUAGACGAACACUCCUCGUCCCCUACCUUCAGGUCGGCUGCUUCGUCACGAUGUUCGAAUUCGUCUCCAUUAGGGACGCCACAUCUCGACCCGCCCGUCAUUUUCCUGAUGUUAACUUGUUUUACAAACAUCAUUCAGCUGUACAAUAUAGUCUUCCGUGAUAUUAUUGACUGUCUACAGGGUGAUGAAAAUAAGCGCUCCGCCUUCCUGUCUGCUCUCCGGGACUUGCAGCUGAGCGGCGUCAACCUUUCACGUUCAGAAGUCUUGUCCAUAGCUGUCCUUGUGCAGACUUUGGUUCAUAUGGUCAAGCAGAUGCACGCGACUAUGGUACGUUGGCAGGACGACGUUUGGGAAAGAUCUGGUUCGAGCAAUUCGCCGCAGGGAAACACAUUCUCUAUGUCCGGCCCUGUUCGCCCUCAGGAUCUGAUCAACCCGACUUCAGAUUGGAGUUCCCAGGCUCUCUGGGGUAAAGUAAGACAGGCAAAGCACAUGCUAGACGCUAUAUAG